UGUUGAUUUCCCAUAAUUCUUACUAAACGACAUGCAACUUCCUUUUUUGCCUCAAAUAUAGCCGAAAUGGCAGUUGGAAAGAAUAAGAGGCUUACUAAAGGUGGCAAGAAGGGUGGAAAAAAGAAAGUAGUUGACCCUUUUACAAAAAAAGACUGGUAUGAUGUCAAGGCCCCUUGCAUGUUUGUAGUCAGACAGAUUGGCAAAACACUAGUAACUAGAACACAAGGAACAAAAAUUGCUUCUGAUGGUUUGAAAGGACGUGUCUUUGAGAUUUCUCUAGCUGACCUCCAGAACGAUGAAGUGUCCUUCAGAAAGUUCAAACUAAUGGCCGAGGAUGUUCAGGGACGUAAUGUCCUAACAAACUUCCACGGAAUGGAUCUGACAAGAGACAAGCUCUGCUCUAUGGUGAAGAAAUGGCAGACACUGAUUGAGGCUAAUGUUGAUGUUAGGACAACUGAUGGAUAUCUCCUCCGUAUGUUCUGUAUAGGCUUUACUAAAAAGAAGGCAAUGCAGAAUAAGAAAACAUGUUAUGCUCAGCAUACACAGGUUAAAACCAUCAGAAAGAAGAUGGUUGAUAUUAUCACCAAGGAGGUGUCAACCAAUGAUAUGAAAGAGGUUGUCAACAAAUUGAUCCCAGACAGUAUUGGAAAGGACAUAGAGAAGGCCUGUCAAGGAAUCUAUCCACUUCAUGAUGUAUUUAUCAGAAAAGUUAAAGUACUGAAGAAACCCAAAUUUGAUUUGGGAAAACUGAUGGAACUUCAUGGAGAGGGUAGUGCUUCAAAGACAGUUGUUACAGAAUCUGGAGAAACAGUGGAGCGACCUGAAGGAUACGAACCACCAGUGUUACAAUCUGUAUAAUAUGGUGGACAAUAAAUAAAAAAAAAACUUUCAA